AUGGAGGCUGAACAGCACUUUCUGCGAGACCAAGUCCAGACAUUCAAUUCUUCUCUGAGUCAAUAUCCACAUGGAAGUAGCCCUCAACUCCCAUUACAGGUUGGAGAGGGUUCACAACCGGUAACUCCCUGGAAUGUUGAUAGAAGUGUAAUGGCUCCUUUGAUUGAUAAAUAUGAUCAUCACAUUGAAGAAAUGUCUAAACAACUACACAAAUACCAGGGUCAAAUGGCAGACUUAAAAGUCAAACUGGACAGCGUUAUCAAGGAAAACGAAAGGCUGCAUACAGAGCUCAGGCAGUCCGUGGAGAGGCAGUUGCAUGUUCUCCCAGUGUCCACAGCAGCUGAGGGCAGCGCAGUGGAAGAAGAAACCAUUAUCAACAACCUUCAGGAGCAGAUACAGCUUUCAGAAAAGGAGCGAGGACAGGCCAUGGAGUUGUGGCAAACAGCGUCCCAAGAACUCGAUCAUCUUCAGCAGAUUUAUCAGAAGACCAUUUCUGACACGCAGAUGCAGGAUGUCCAGAGGAAGCAGCUCACAGAUCAGCUUGUUCAUUUCCAACAACAAGUACAAAAGCUCGUAGUAGACAAUCAGAAGUUGGGAAUGACCAACCAGCAGUUUCUCAAGACACUAACUGAGCAGACAACCGAAAUGGAGGAGCUACAAAGUAAUAACAGGCAGUCUAAGGCUGAACUGCGGAUGGCUACAGCCAAAGUAAACGAGAUGACCAAAUUAUUGCAGAAUCUCCAGGAACAGAUGCAGAGACGGGAAGAAGAUGUGGCCGUGGCUCAGGGGCGAGAGAAUGCAAGCGAUAUAAGACUGCAGCAGCUUCAGUCGGCCCUGGGUCAACUGGAAUCCAGAUUAAAUGCUGCAACGCAGGAAGCAGAAACUGUUCGACGAGCUCAAAGUGUUUAUGAACAAAAGGUUGCGGAGCUCCAAGCCCGUUGCACCACUUUAGAGGAAGAGAAAUAUGCAGCUCUAACCAAGGUCCGAGUAAAAGAUCAGACCGUGGAGGAGGCUACACUGCAGAAAGAGAAGGCCCUGUUAAGAGAAAAACAGCUAACAGAGGAGUUGCAAAAGACAAAGGACACUAUAAAACAGUUGAUCCAGGAUGCAGCGGUCCGUACGAGAAAAGAGGUUGAGAAUGUUCGGAAGCAGUGCAGUGUUCAGAUUCUCAGGAUGACAGAGGAGCUGUCUGCAUUACAACUGGAAUGUGCGGAUAAACAAUCGCAAAUUGAAAGGUCCUUACGAGAGAGAAAAGCCGUGGAGGAAGAACUUGAAAAGGUGUACAAAGAGGGCAGAGCGGAGCCAGAGUUUAGAAAGAUAGAAGCUCUUCACCACAAGUGUCUGGAGGCCGAGAGGAGGAGAGAAGACCUAUUUAUCACUCUGCAGAGCACCCAGAGCAAACUUAAAAAGAUGGAAAUGGACUACAGUGAAGAGCUGUCCCGGUGCCAAGAGGAAGUCCGACGGCUACAGAACUCUUUGGCUACAUCCAGGGAAGAGUGUGUGAGCAUCAGCGAGGAGCGUCUUAAACUACAGCAGGAAAAUACUCAGCUCCGCAAAGAUGUAGACGAUACAAGAAAAUCUUAUGUGAUUGAUCAAAAGAAAUCCAAGCAACUGACGUCGCAAUUGGAACAGGAAUAUUGCUUAAAAGAGCGAGAACUGGACGCUCAAAUUCGUGAGUUGGAAGAAUCGAGCAAAAGAAACAACGCUGAUGUCGCCCGCCUUCUCGCCGCACAGCAGAAAACCACUCAGCGCUGGAAAGAAGAGGCCAAAAAACUCAUCCAGGAUUUUGAGACAAAAACAAUGAGCCACAAGUCCGAGCUUAAUCGUCAAAAGCAACGCUCACAUGAACUUGAACUGCAGAUUGAAGCUCAUUCUGGCACUAUUGCAGAGUACGAGCAACAGCUGGCAGAAUAUCAGGAGAAAACCAGCCGUCUUCAAAUACGACUUACACAGGCCGAACAAAAAGCAACUUCAGCUACACAUCAGUUAUGUCUUUUAACUUCACAACUGAGGAAAAGACACAUGGAUGACACAGAGACUAUAUGA